AUGUCAUUAAAUCAAAGAAGUAGAAGGGCAGUUCCCUCAACUUUAAAUACUCCCACAGCUGUCAACGUGAAUGCCGUGUCAAGCGUAACUCAAGAACAAGCUGAACAAUUUCUCACACAAUUCAUAGAUGCUAGUGAACAUAAUAGAAACCCUUUGAAUUUAAACGACCAGGACCAGAAAACAGGAUUCUCCAGUAACAGUGAGACAGUAGCCGUAGCGUCCCAGUUGAAGAGGAUACAGAGAAACUUGAGAGGGUUGCCACCAUUGUCAACACUGGAAACUCCAGAAGCGUCAAAUAACAACGAUGAAGCCAAUCGAUAA